AGUGGAUUCAGCAGGCCGUACUAUUGUUUCUGAACUGUAAAUUAUGGCAAUUAGAUUGAUUUAUUUAUAGCGGAAUUAUUUCAAAUCAUAGGAAGGGAGGACAAUGGCUUCUCGGGACAGGGUAUUGUCCCUGGAUGGUGGGGGUAUUCGGGGACUCAUUAUUCUUGAGAUCUUGGAGGCGAUCGAGAAGGAAGCAGGUCAGCCAAUCAAAGAUAUGUUUGACUGGAUCGGCGGAACAAGUACCGGAGGGAUAAUUGCUUUGGGCAUUGCCACGGGCAAGCCAAUCUCUCACAUUAAAGAGAUGUACAAGCGACUUAAAGAUCAAGUAUACAACGGCUCACGGCCGUACGAUUCUGCACCGUUAGAAACAUUUUUGAAGCAGGAGUUUGGGGAAGCAACUGUAAUGUCGGAUAUUAGGUACCCAAGGGUCCUGGUAACAAGCGUAGAAGGGGAUCACGAUCCGUGGAAACUUCACAUGUUUCGUUCCUACAUGAUCAUACACGAAGAUAUAGAGGAUUGAUGUGAACAAAUCGCAGAACCACAAAACCAUUACAUCUGGGAGGUUGCCCGCUGCACGUCUGCUGCUCCGUCCUACUUUCAUCCGUACAAGCAGUUCCUGGAUGGAGGAUUGAUGUCCAACAAUCCAACCCUGGACAUUCUCACAGAUAUCCAUCAGUUUAUCAAACCAUUGCCGCAAAUGCAAAAUGCUGAAAGGAAUGAUUCACCAUUGCCAAAAAUGCAAAAUGCUGAAAGGAAUGAUUCACCAUUUCCGCAAAUGCAAAAUACUGAAAAUAAUGAUUCACCAUUGCCGCAAAAUGCUGAAAGGAAUGAUUCACCAUUGCCGAAAAUGCAAAAUUCUGAAAGGAAUUAUUCAUCAUUGCCGCAAAUGCAAAAUGCUGAAAAUAACGAUUCACGACUGCCGCAAAUGCGAAAUGCAGAAAGGAAUGAUUCACCAUUAUCGAAAAUGCAAAACGGUGGCAAGAAUGAUCCACCAUUGCCUCACGUCCAAAAAGCUGACAAAAAUUAUCAACCAUUGCCGAAAAUGCAUAACGGUGACAAGAAUUAUCCACCAUUGCCGCAAAUUCAAAAUGGCGACAAUGAGGAUAGUAAAGUUGACGAGGCUGACGAUGCCAAAAGUCAAAUGAUUGUAGAAGUUCCAGUCCGCUAUCUGGACGUGGUUGUUUCUGUCGGUUGCGGAUAUUCUAACUACGUAAAACAAUCAACACCAGACCCACACUGGCCAGACUUGUCGGAUAUGAUACGCCAUCCACAAAAGACGUAUAGAUUGCUCACUGAGACAAAAAGGUUUUUCAAAAGCCUCCUAGAACAGGUGUCAAUAUCUUACGGCCAACCGACGCAUCGUGCCAGAGCUUUUUGCAAAUUAAUGAAUGUGCCGUUCUACCGGUUCUCUCCGCUCCUCUCGGAAAAUGUGCCUCUUGACUGUGUGGAUGAAAAGAGGAUCGAGAGAAUGCUUCAGGACACGCAUUCCUACAUCGAGGACCCGAAGAAUCAGCAAAGGAUUAAAGAACUCGCAGCCCGCUUGAAAAGAUUCUAAUGAGCAUCGUUCUGGUAAAACUGGGCUUAAUGCAUGUGCGUAAAAUGUUAUUCCAGAUUAGCCUGUGCAGUCCGCACAGGCUAAUCUGGGACGACGCUUUUCGUUUGUAUGGUAUGUUUUGUUGAAAGGAAGUCUCAUGUCGUCAGCAAAACGUAUUAUGUAUUUGCCUUCGUCACACAAACUGUUUAACUCUGGAAUUAAACUGUGUCAGUAGUUUCAUUCAGAAACAUCACCUUUUCAUGUAUACAGAUUCCAAUUGUUUUAGUCAUAAAAAAUGUGUUCCAA